CGGUCCUUUUUUUAUUUCGCAAUUCCGAGCCCUAAUUUAUCAUCUUCUCUCAACGUUUAAUCACUACCACCAUCAUAUCAGAAUUCUCACCGUCUGCCCGCCACCAGCCACCAUCCGCCACCGUCGACCACCAUCCGCCACCAGCCGACCACCACCUCAUCAUCACCGUCUCCAUUCACCUUCAAUCUCCUGCUUUCUACAGCAAAAGGUCUCCACCACCGGAGUUCAGUUGCUGCUAAACUCCAAAGAAACAAAAGAGCAAAUUUGAAGUAUUAACAAGACAUGGGAGGAGGAAGGAAGAAUCUUAAGAGGGCAGUCGAGUCUGAAAUGGCGACUCUUCAACAAGGUCAAAGCAUAAUGCAGGUUGUCGAACUGAGGGGUUCUAAUCAUAUCGAGGUAAUGGACUCGAAAGGAGAUAAAUUUAUAGCAUUGUUUCCAGCGAAAUUCCACAAAAGCAUGUGGAUUAAAAAAGGGAACUUUGUAGUAGUCGAUGAAAGUGGGAGAGAAGAGGCGGAAGAAUCUGGUAGGAAGGUGGCAGGCUUUGUUAGGCAAGUGCUUUACCACGAGCAAAUUCGUCUGCUUCAGAAAUCGUUAGAAUGGCCGGAGAUUUUUAAAUCCAUCUCCCAAGAAAACCCGAAGGAAGCUUUAGAGUGCUGUACUUCCCAAAAAGAUGAUGAAGAUUCUAGCGAUGACGAUGGACUUCCACCUUUGGAAGCAAAUACAAAUAGAGUAAAUCCUCUCAAGUUGUAUGUAGAGUCCGAGUCGGAUUCUGACGAUGAUAAUUGUUCUUAGUUCAUGCAUUCUGAUAACAGUUUUGUAUCCAACAGAUGUGAUCACUUACACAUUACGUUUCUUAUUUUUGACCGGAUUUCUGGGGUAUGUUUAUGUAUGAGAUUUGAGCAUUUUAUCGAUACCUAUUGCUACUACAAGUGAUAUGGAUAGUUCAUGGAACUAAUUAUAUUUGCAGA